GAUAGUGAUAGUCACAAUUCUCGCCUUCGCUAUUGAUUUAGGCACAAAAUAUUUUAAAAACCAGAACACGGGGAGAGGCGCCUGUGAAGAGGCGAGGGCGAUCCAACUCCAUCACCAGUUGAACAAAGCAAGGAGGUUUCAGCCAGUAGGUGGUAACCAUGGAAGAAGGGGAAGAGGGUUUUUGAAAGAGAAAGUAAAUUAAAUUCAUUCAUGGAUACCACAAUUAUCAACAUCAAUCAGUUCAGUGGAGUAGCUACUCAGAGUGAUCCAAUGUUUCGUCAAUACCAUCAUCAAUUUAAGGAUUCUGAUUUCGGGUUUAGUCAUAUCAUUUGGGGAUUCCACAUUCUUUCUACACAAUGGUGUUAUUCCCCCUCCUCCAUCUAGAAUGGACAACCUAUUGGUGGACGUUAGAAACUCGAUCAGAUUCCUAUUUGCAGGCUUAGGCAAAAGUAGGAAAGGCAGCUACAAUUGCGUGGGGGUCUAGUCCAGAUGUUCCAGUUCCACCAAUAUCAGCAGCAAGGAUAAUGUGAGACUCUUGCCCUACUCAUACUCUUGUAUGGAUAUUGAUGAAUCAGCUGUCAGGAAGAGUGGUGGGAUUUUCGGGCGCGGGUGGUGGUGCCUAAAGGCAUUACCUGGGAGAUUCAUAGACAAUAUGGUUGAAUUUGCACACAAGGUCGAGAAGCUUGGAAAGGAUGACCCCAGAAGGAUUACUCAUUCCAUCAAGGUGGGAUUAACACUCUCACUGGUUUCUCUUCUGUACUACUGUAGACCCAUCUAUGGUGGCUUUGGCUCCUCUACUAUGUCCGCUAUCUUAACAGUGGUAGUCGUCUUCGAAUUUAGUGUUGGGGCUACAUUGGGUAAAGGAUUUAAUCGAGCGCUGGCAACAUUUUUAGCUGGUGCCUUAGGAUUUGGUGCUCAUCACUUGGCAACUCUAGCCGGAGACAAAGGGCACCCUGCAAUUCUUUGGUUCUUUAUCUUCCUUCUAGCGGCUGUAGCAUCGUUUGUCCGCUUCUUUCCAGGGAUCAAAGCACGAUAUGAUUAUGGGGUAUUGAUGUUUAUACUAACAUUUUGUUUGGUAUCGGUAUCUGGUUAUCGAGAAGAUGAGAUCUUAGAACUUGCACACAAAAGGGUAUCAACUAUUGCUAUAGGUUGUUUAACGUGUGUGAUCAUGUCCAUAUUUGUGUUCCCUGUAUGGGCUGGUCUUGACUUACACAAGCUGAUUGCUCACAACAUAGAAAAGCAAGCAGAUUUCUUACAAGGAUUUGGAGAACUAUAUUUCGGAACAAAGAGGGACAUGGAUAUGUCAUGGCUUCAUGGAUACAGAAGUGUUUUGAAUUCUAUGACAGCUGAAGAAGCAAUGGCAAAUUUUGCUAGAUGGGAGCCAGCUCAUGGAAAAUUCAGGUUUGGCCACCCAUGGAAGCAAUAUUUGAAAAUUAGCGGAAUGACUCGGCAAUGUGCAUACAGGCUGGAAGCACUAAGCAACAGCAUCACCUCUGAAAUGAAAGCGCAGAAGCCAUCAGAGUUCAAGAAGAUUAUAACAUUAUCAUGCAUGGAAAUAAGCAUUGAGUUGGGCAAAGCUUUGCAGGAAAUUUCCUCGGCAAUUAAGAAUAUGACAUACCCAUUUACAGUUUCCACACAUAUCGUGAACGCUAAAACUGCUGCCGAGGAUCUGCACAGAGCCUUAGAAGGCAUUACACUGAAUAACACUAACAUCUUGGACGAUGUCAUGCCAGCCGUCUCAGUCACUUCUUUACUACUUGAGAUUAUUGAAUGUACAAAAAACAUUGCAGAGUCAGUAAAGGUGCUUGCUUGCUUGGCAAAGUUUAAAGGUGCAGAUCUCGCCAUUUUGCCUGAGAAACAAACAAGAAGAUUGCUUCGUAGUGGAAACAUAAAACCACAUCAUGCCGAAAAUGAUUCAACUCAUGCUUUAAUUAUCGAGUAUGCACCUUCAGCUAUGGUGGAGUGACAAAAUAUUGUAUGGGCCACCAGUUAGCGCGAAACUGAGGUGAAAGUGAAAAUGGGUCAAUUGUGAAUCCUAGCCUUUAGUGUAAAGGAAGAAUUACAAUCUGAGACUAACUUAUAGCAUGCCCUUUUAUUACCUUAUACUCCUAGAUAAUAUGCAACAAUUUGUUCAAUCUUCAAUAAUUGCAAGA